AUGUCCUGUCUCGCCGUCUCAUUCAGGACGUACAUUGACAAGGUGACUAUAGAACGAUCAAAUCCCAUCAAAUCUCUGCUGUCCUCCCCACAGAAAAGGGGUAGUCCAGAUCGAUGGGCUGAGAAGUAUACCACUCCUAAAUCACCUUCCUCGCUGUCUUCCUCUCCUCUCAGUCUCGGCUAUCGUAUCAGUGGAUCCCAAAAUAGCAACAGUCAGUCUCAGAGACCGGGCUUGGCUAGGACGGAGACUUUCGAUGUUGCGCUCACCGCCUCCUCUGACGCAGAAUUGGCACGAGGUGGGUCCGGUGAUGCCGAUACCGCACAGCAGCUCAACUGA